CACACACACACACACACACACACACGCACGCACACCAUGCGAGAGCGUCGUGCACGACCACAUACAUACAUAUUAAUAACAAACACGUGUGUUCGAUCGGCUCGUGGACGGUGGAUCGGCGACCUUUUUGAGAUCGGCAUUCUUUGUCGUUAUUGUUUGCUAGAAUACCGCCGAGUUUCGCGAUCGCGGAAGAGAUUGGGCCGAGUCGGCGGAAGCGGUAUCGGCGACGUCGUUUAACAGACAGGACUCGCGGCACCCGUUUGUUUUAGCCGCUCGAAGCCUAUUCGUCGCGAUCUGUAUCCCCAGCAGCCGAUUACUGCCAAUGAGCGAAGGACUUGCCGAUUUCGAGAGAUAUAAAUUGGGUGAGAUACUGUGGCACCUCACUAUUCUCAGCACAAUUCUCGACGCUCAAUACAGUUCUCAAAAAACGUUAAGAGUCAAGCUUUUCGAUCGAGCCACCGCGACCUACGCACCGAUCUGAACACCUCGCGACUCAGGGUAUUACAUCCUCCAGGCGUGGUCGCGAAAUAAGACGCACACGACUCAGAAUGCUGUCGCACUCACAGGCGUUGUCGUGCGCGGUCAACACUCCUAAGUAUAGAGAUCGAUAAUAAUUCCCGGACGAUAAUAAGUAAUGUGCGCGAACGAAGUUUGUAUGUGAAUGUUGAAUAAACGAUUAUCAACCGCAGUGUGAAUAGUAAGACAUUCUCAUUGACUACAAAACAAGCAUGAUUUAUCGAUGAAUACAUAUUUCUAACAUAUUAUUAUAUUAGAAAUUACAAAUGCGUGCUUCUAUAAAAAGUGGACACAUUCAUCAUAAUUAAUAAUCACCCUAUAUAAUAUAUAAUAAGAUACCAUCUUGUAUAAAGAAAGAUUUCUGCCAAAAAAUUUUAUAAAUUUUUGUAAUAAGACACGGAGAUAGGGCACCUUUAAAAACUUAUCCAAACGAUCCUGACAUCAAUGAUAGUAUGGACCCAUAUGGUUGGGGUCAGCUAACAGACGCAGGAAGAAAGAAUCAAUACAAUCAAGGAUUGUUCCUACGAAAGCGUUACAAUAGCUUUCUAGGUUCGAUGUAUCACCCUGACAUAUUCUAUUUGCAAUCUACCAGUCGUGAUCGUACAAAAAUGUCAGGCAUGUUGGAGGCCGCUGCUCUGUGGUAUCCUAAUGAUAGACAAACGUUCAAAGUUGAUCUGCCUUGGCAGCCAGUCACACUGUCCUAUCAGGAAUUUGAACAAGACACGCUUAUGUUAUUGUGGUAUAUGUGCCCGAGAUAUGCUCAACUACGUUCUUCAGUGAAUGACAUGCCGGAAAUCCGAAAAAUACAUCAAGACAAUAAACAAUUGUUCGCAGAACUCUCAAACUUCACAGGCAUGCCAUUUACGACUGUCGACAAUGUCGCCUCAUUUUAUGACUUGUUAAUAGCCAAGGAAAGCAUGAAUUUAGCUUUACCAGCAUGGACGAAGGACUAUUAUCCCGAUAAACUAAAACCUUUAUAUUUACUUGGUGAACAGCUUUACACAUACAACGAUGAAUUACGCAGAUUGCAAGGUGGUAUUAUGUUGAAAAAAUUUAUCGACAAUAUGCAAGCGAAAAAAAAGGGCACUCUUCUGCCCAAGAAGAGAAAAAUGUUUAUGUAUCUCGGUCAUGAUAUCACUGUCGUUUCCCUGCUGAACACGAUGCAUAUUUGGUACGAUCAAAUUCCCUAUUAUAAUAUCAUGGUUAUAAUAGAGCUGCACAAGCACAAGGGCAAAUGGAACGUUCAGAUAUUUCUAAGGAAUACAACAGCUCACGAACCAUAUCCAAUGACAAUACCUGGAUGCACUGUUGCAUGUCCUCUUGAAAAAUUUGUUGAAAUCUUGAAACCGUUGAUACCAGAUAAUUUGGAAGAAGAGUGUAAGAUCGAUGAUAGUAACUAUAAAAUUCCACCUCCACCAUAUCUAUAAUUAAAAAACUUUCACGUUACUAACCAUACUGUAAUUCAAAUAACUUUAUUGUAUACAUAUUGUAAAUAAUUAUUUACAUCAUUAAAUCGAACUUGAU